CGCACGCACAGUAGAGAGUCAAUUUCAAUUGCCCCCUCCCCGCACCAAGCCCGAUAUAUAAAUUGCGAGCGGCUCAUUUAUCCUCUCUCCAACUCAAUCACUCGCUAAUUUCAGAUCGCACCGACACCGACCCUCCCAGCUAACCAUGUCUUUGGACGAGCGUUUCAACAAGGCGGCCGAGGACGUCAAGAACCUCAAGACUUCGCCCGCUAACGAUGAGCUGCUCGAAAUCUACGCGCUCUUCAAGCAGGGAUCUGUAGGAGACUGCAACACAGAUAAGCCUGGCAUGUUGGAUUUUAAGGGCAAGGCCAAGUGGGAAGCCUGGAACGGCAAGAAGGGCCAGACGCAAGACGCCGCUAAAGAGGCGUACAUUGCCAAGGUGGAGGAACUCAAGACCAAGUAUGGUACCAACUAAAUUUUACGAGAUGAAGAAAAUUAAUUUGUCUUUGAUGCUAUAUUCAUUACCAUGUUUUGACAUGAUUGUUAGAUUUUUUAUACUCUUUGUUUAAUAAAGAUUUAUCGUCUUUAGUUAA